UGAACAAGCGUACUGAUCUGUGUUGUUAAGAACCAGUAUCUUCUAACGAGACAGUUUUUUGAUCUAGUUGAAACAGAAUGUCAGCACUGCUCAGGUCCUGUGCUCACAGUCUGAGGUCUGUGGAUGGGCUCAAACACAGCAAGGCUUGGAAAUUAUGCAGCACAAGUUUUCUUCAGUGGUAUCGGUCCCUCCAUGUGGACAGUCCUCCUCACAACACGUCUCUGACCAGCAGCUAUGUCCAUGGCACCUCCUCCUUCUCUCUGCUCCCCCUGACUGUAGGCCAGAGCCUGGACUCUGCAGUGCAGCGCUGGCCUGACCGUGAAGCUGUGGUCUUCCUGCAGGACGGCAUCCGGAAAACCUUUGCACAAUUUCAGCAAGAUGUAGAGAAGGCGGCUGCAGGUCUGCUCGCUUUGGGCCUGAAGCGAGGUGACAGACUGGGAGUUUGGGGACCCAACACUUAUGAGUGGAUCCUUUUCCAGUUUGCUUCAGCCAAAGCUGGAAUUAUUCUGGUGUCACUGAACCCUCUCUAUCAGGCAAGAGAAGUGGAGUUUACUCUAAAGAAGGUCCAGUGUAAAGCUGUGGUCUGCCCUAACCGCUUUAAAACCCAACAUUUCUGUGAUAUACUGAGGGAGAUCUGUCCAGAGAUCAACACGACACAUGAAGGCAUGAUCAAGAGCUCCAGGUUGCCAGACUUGCGGCUGGUGAUUGUGACAGACAGCAGACAGCCAGGGAUGCUGCACGUAGAGGAUGUAAUGCAAGCAGGGGAGAGUCGGCACCACAAAGACCUGAUGGACCUGCAGAGCAAACUGUCCUUUGAUGAGCCCAUCAACAUUCAGUUCACAUCAGGGACAACAGGAAGUCCAAAGGGAGCCAGUCUUUCCCACCAUAAUAUUGUUAACAAUGCCUACUUUUUUGGUCUACGAAUGAAUUUUGGACAGAGACCUCAGGUGCGAGUGUGUGUUCCUGUGCCCAUGUACCACUGCUUUGGCUCUGUGCUGGGAGGGGUGAGCAUGGCAGUUAAUGGUGUCACACUCGUCUUCCCUUCACCUGGCUACAACAGCCGAGCCAACCUAGAGGCCAUUCAGAGUGAAAGGUGCAAUUUUCUCUUUGGAACUCCAACAAUGUACACCGACAUGCUGAGCCAGGAUUUACACAAGUACGAUUUGUCAUCAGUUGAAUCAGGCAUCGUAGGAGGUGCUUCGUGCCCGCCUGAAAUUGCGAAAAAACUGAAAACAGACAUGAACAUGAAAGAGAUAACAAUUGGUUAUGGAACCACUGAGAACAGCCCGAUAACAUUUUUGGGAUUCCCACAAGACAACGAUGAGCUGAAGAUGAAUACUGUUGGAUGUAUCAUGAGUCACACUGAGGCUAAAGUGGUGGACCCUACUACUGGGGAGAUUGUUCCUGUCGGGGUCUCAGGAGAGCUGAUGAUCAGAGGCAGCUGUGUGAUGCUGGGAUACUGGGACGAUCCUGAGAAAACCAGGGAGGUCAUAGCCCAAGAUCGCUGGUACAGGACCGGUGACACGGCCAGUCUGAACAGUUUGGGAUACUGCCGCAUUGAAGGACGCAUGAAGGACAUGAUCAUCAGGGGAGGAGAGAACAUCUACCCUGCUGAAAUAGAGCAAUUUCUGUUUACACAUCCCAAAGUACAGGAGGUGCAGGUGGUUGGAGUGAAAGAUGAGAGGCUGGGGGAGCAGGUGUGUGCCUGCAUCAGGCUGAGGGAGGGCCUGACCUCCAGUGCAGAGGAGAUUAAAGCAUUCUGCAAAGGCCAGAUUUCUCAGUUCAAGAUCCCACACUAUGUGGUCUUUGUAGACAGCUACCCUCUGACAGCCUCCGGAAAGAUCAAGAAGAACAUAUUGAAGGAGGAUAUGGAGAAGACAUUAAGCCUUUAAUUGUGUGUGAAUGAGACUGUUAAAUAUAUUUAUAAAUAGUGUUCUUCUGCCUCUUAAACAAACAAAAAAACUGGACUGUAGGCGACAUUGCAAGCUCCAUUAUGUGAAACAUUUUGUUCAGUAUGUGGAUAUUUGCCAAGCGUAUUAGAAUGUAUUUUUUAUUUUAUUAAAAUCAUUAAAAUAAGUUUGACUUAUUUAAGGUAUGGGGUGGUAAAACAGAACUCACAUUGUAAAUAGUUUGACAACUCACAUCCAAGCAGCACAAUUUCUGCGUGUGCAUCAUUUUGAAAAGAAAGUAUCACAGUGCAUUUCUGUAAAUGUGUCCUUAAGACAAAUGUAGUACAUUGUCAUUUUGCUUUUUAAUACUUUGCUCCGAAAACAGUGAUACCAGUUGAAUUUUAGCUGACUUGGGUUAUUCAUUAUAUUCUGGCUUGUACUGUGUUGUCUCUGAGACAUUUUGUGUCCAUUUUUUUA